AUGGACCGAGAUCUACUUCUGUACCGCUUGCAGAGAAAAUGGUGGCCAAUGUGCACACCCUGUUCACCUCAAGACAACAUGUUCACCCUUAUGAGCAAUUGCUGCACUUGGUUCUCCAAAAUUCAGGAGCCAAUCAGGCGAAUGACCAUUCUUGUGGUGGGUCUUGACAAAGCAGGAAAGACGUCUACCAUCAGAGGCAUGUUAAGAGUGUCCAACGCCGUUGAAGGAGGCCCCACCCAAGGUUGUGUGAGAAGCAGCCUGAGGUUGGAGAACUACCUGGUCACCCUGCUGGAUGUCGGGGGCUCAGCAGCGGCGCAAGGGUCGUGGAGGGAGCAUUACGGAGAAGCGCACGGUGUGAUCUUUGUGGUGGACUCCAGCGACAGGCCGAGGAUGAAAGAAGUCAAGAUUGUACUGGCUGACCUGCUCAAGCAGCCGAGAGUGGCAGGAAAACCCAUCCUAGUCUUGGCAAACAAACAAGACAAAAUGAACGCUCUGCUAGGAAGUGAGCUGAUCGAGAUGCUCUCCUUGGAAAAGCUGGUCAACCAAAGUCGCUCUCUGUGCCAUAUAGAGCCUUGUUCAGCCUUAAUGGACGUACGGCGCUGGUCUGACCGAAAGGCGUUGCGAGGCCUUCGCUGGCUGCUGCGAGCCGUGUGUCUGGAUUACGGAGAGCUGUGCGCUCGUGUGGCCCAGGAUAGCAAGACUCCUCUGGAGCCCAGAGAGAGGAACAGCAAAGCGGAAAAGCCCAGAAGAAGCAAGAGUGAACGGAGAACUAGCAAGGCAGACCUCCGCCAGGCUCACAGACCAAAGGACAAGAGAAACAUGACCACCGGGGAAGCAAAGUUGCAGCCUAUUCGGAACAUACUGCAAAAGGAGAACACACUGAAAAAGAAGCUGAAGAAAUCAACCAGGAGGAAGAAAAGGCUGACGAAAACCAAACAAGAGGAGGAAGCGACAAACGAGCAGGAGGGAGAGGAGGCCGACCGAGGGGAUCAAGAGAAGGCCAGCAGCGCUCUCAUCCCAUCCAGUAAAGGAAGACCCAAGCAGAAGGGCAAGGUCAAGGAGGAGACACUCGAUGUGCCUGAAUCACCACACAUUGACGAGAAUCCCCUCAAAGUCAAGGAAAGAAAGAGGAAAAAGAAGGUUGUGAGAGUUAAAAGAAAGAACAAGAUCAACACUGAAGGAACUUCAGGAGCUUCCUCACAACCUGUCGACCUCUCAACCACAUUUGAUCUUUACAGAAAAGCCAUAUUGGCUUUGAAGGAGCGGCAGGAUCAGUAA